CCUCCCGCAGGUAGAUGGCCCCCCCAGGCCAGGCCCUGCGGACACCCCUCCCUCCGGCUGGCGGAUGCAGUGCCUAGCGGCCGCUCUUAAGGACGAAACCAACAUGAGUGGGGGAGGGGAGCAGGCCGACAUUCUGCCGGCCAACUACGUGGUCAAGGAUCGCUGGAAGGUGCUGAAAAAGAUCGGGGGUGGGGGCUUUGGUGAGAUCUAUGAGGCCAUGGACCUGCUGACCAAGGAGAACGUGGCCCUCAAAGUGGAGUCCGCGCAGCAGCCCAAACAGGUCCUCAAGAUGGAGGUGGCGGUGCUCAAAAAGCUUCAAGGGAAGGACCAUGUGUGCAGGUUCAUUGGCUGUGGUAGGAACGAGAAAUUUAACUACGUGGUGAUGCAGCUGCAGGGCCGGAACCUGGCGGACCUGCGCCGCAGCCAGCCGCGGGGCACCUUCACGCUGAGCACCACGCUGCGGCUGGGCAAGCAGAUCCUGGAGUCCAUCGAGGCCAUCCACUCGGUGGGCUUCCUGCACCGGGACAUUAAGCCGUCAAACUUUGCCAUGGGCCGGCUGCCCUCCACCUACCGGAAGUGCUAUAUGCUGGACUUUGGACUGGCCCGGCAGUACACCAACACCACAGGGGACGUGAGACCUCCUCGGAAUGUGGCCGGGUUUCGAGGGACAGUUCGCUAUGCCUCGGUCAAUGCCCACAAGAACCGGGAGAUGGGCCGCCAUGAUGACCUGUGGUCCCUCUUCUACAUGCUUGUGGAGUUUGCAGUGGGUCAGCUACCCUGGAGGAAGAUCAAGGACAAGGAGCAGGUUGGGAUGAUCAAGGAGAAGUAUGAGCACCGGAUGCUGCUGAAGCACAUGCCCUCAGAGUUCCAGCUCUUCCUGGACCACAUCGCCAGUCUGGAUUACUUCACCAAGCCCGAUUACCAGUUGAUCAUGUCAGUGUUUGAGAACAGCAUGAAGGAGCGGGGCAUUGCCGAGAAUGAGGCCUUUGACUGGGAGAAGGCGGGCACUGAUGCCCUGCUGUCCACCAGCACCUCCACCCCACCCCAGCAGAACACCCGGCAGACGGCAGCCAUGUUUGGAGUGGUCAAUGUGACGCCCGUGCCCGGGGACCUGCUCCGGGAGAACACGGAAGACGUGCUCCAGGGCGAGCACCUGAGUGACCAGGAGAACGCACCCCCUAUCCUGUCUGGGAGGCCCACCGAGGGGCUGGGCUCUGGGCCCCACCUUGUCCCCCACCCCGGGGGUCCCGAGGCUGAGGUCUGGGAGGAGACUGAUGUCAACCGCAACAAACUCCGGAUCAACAUCGGCAAAACCCCCUGUGUGGAGGAGGAACAGAACCGAGGUGUGGGGAUCCCCAGCUCCCCAGUGCGAGCUCCCCCAGAUUCCCCAACAACUCCAGUGCGUUCUCUGCGCUACCGCAGGGUCAACAGCCCAGAGUCAGACCGGCUUUCCACUGCAGCGGACGGCCGGGUGGAGCUGCCCGAGAGGAGGUCACGGAUGGACGCCCUCGGCUCCCCCUCGCGCCAGGCCUGCUCCUCCCAGCCCGCCCAGAUGCUGUCAGUGGACACCGGCCACGGGGACCGGCAGGCCAGCGGCCGCAUGGACGUGUCGGCCUCCGUGGAGCAGGAGGCCCUGAGCAACGCCUUUCGCUCCGUGCCGCUGGCCGAGGAGGAGGACUUUGACAGCAAGGAGUGGGUCAUCAUCGACAAGGAGACGGAGCUCAAGGACUUUCCUCCAGGGGCGGAGCCCAGCACGUCUGGCACCACGGACGAGGAGCCCGAGGAGCUGCGGCCGCUGCCCGAGGAGGGCGAGGAGCGGCGGCGGCCGGGCCUGGAGGUCACGGUGCGGCCGCGAAGCCGGGGCAUGCACACGCUGGCCGAGGAGGACCUGCGGCAGAUGCCGCCCCAGCCCCUGCCACCGCAGCUGAGCCAGGCUGACGGCCGCUCCGAGGCAUCCCAGCCCCCCACGCCCGGCAGCCCCUCCCACUCACCCCUGCAUUCCGGACCUCGCCCUCGACGGAGAGAGUCGGACCCCACAGGGCCUCAGAGACAGAUGUUCUCCGUGGCGCCCCCAGCCGAGGUGAACGGCCUUCCUCGAGCUGUCCCUCUCAGCCUGCCCUACCAGCACUUCAAGAGAGAUCUCUCCGAUUACCGAGAGCGAGCGCGGCUGCUCAACAGGGUCCGGAGAGUGGGCUUCUCCCACAUGCUGCUCACCACCGCCCAGGCCGCUGCGGCUCCAGUGCAUCCUCAGGCUAAUGGGAGGGAGGAAGAGGAGGAAGAGCAGGAGGAGGAGGAGGAGGAAGAGGAGGAGGAGGAGGAAGAGGAAGAAGAGGAGGAGGAAGAAGAGGAGGAGGAGGAAGCAGGGGUUCCGGGGGAGGUGCUGGGGCCUCGAAGUGGUUCUAGCAGUGAGGGGAGCGAGAGGAGCACAGACCGGAGCCAGGAGGGAGCACCAUCCACGCUGCUGGCUGAUGAUCACAAGGAGGGCAGGGGCCGGGCUUCCAUGGCGGACGGGGACCUGGAGCCCGAAGAAGGCUCCAAAACGCUGGUGCUGGUGUCCCCCGGCGACAUGAAGAAGUCGCCGGUCACUGCCGAACUGGCCCCUGAUCCGGACCUGGGCACGCUGGCCGCCCUCACCCCUCAGCACGAACGGCCUCAGCCCGCGGGCAGCCAGCUGGACGUGUCAGAGCCGGGCACCCUGUCCUCCGUCCUCAAGUCUGAGCCCAAGCCUCCCGGGCCCGGGCCGGGGGCCGGGGGGGCGGCGACCCCUGGGCCAGGGGGCGUGGCCGCGGCCUCCUCCCCCUUCACCAAAGUCGAGAGGACCUUCGUGCACAUUGCCGAGAAGACCCACCUGAACGUCAUGUCUUCCGGAGGACAGGCCUGCAGGCCGGAGGGGGGCAGCGGCGGGGAGCCGGGGCCCGAGGGGCCUGCCGAGCGGGGCCCCGGCGAGGCGGGGGCCCCCGCGCCCCUGGAGGAUGGGUUGGACGGCGCUGAGGGGGAGCGCCGCGCUGGCUCGGUGCCCCCCGGGCAGAGCCCCGCGGAGGGGGUCACACUGCCCAAUGGCCCGGCCCCGGCCGCAGGACUGGCCCCUCCAGUGUCCCCAGCGGAGCCGCGCCCCAAGAAAGGGGCCGCGAUCUCCCCCAGCCUCCACGCCGGGCCCGGCCCCCGGCCCCGGAGCCGGAUUCCCGUCCUGCUGUCCGAGGAAGACACGGGCUCCGAGCCCUCGGGCUCGCUGUCGGCCAAAGAGUGGCGGAGCAAACGGGUCCGGCCGCAGCCCGACCUGGCGCGGCUGGUGAUGGAGAAGCGGCAGGGGCGCCUGCUGCUGCGCCUGGCCUCGGCCGCCUCGUCGUCCUCCAGCGAGGAGCCCCGCCGCGCCUCGGAGACGCUGUCCGGCACGGGCUCCGAGGAGGACGCGCCCGCCUCCGAGCCCCCGGCCGCCGCGCCCGCCAAGGCCUGCCGCGCAGCCGCCGCGCGCAGCCGGAUCCCCCGCCCCGUCAGCGCGCGCGCGCCCGCGGCCCCGCAGACCCCCGGCCGACCCGACACAGCCAUCACCAGCAGGCGCCAGCUGCAGAAACCCCCCGGGUCCACCGCGGCCGCCGACCCGCGCCCCAAGCCCGCGCCUCCCGGCCGCAGCGCGGGCCCCGGCCCCGUCCCAGGGCGGGCCCGGGGCGCCAGGCCCGCAGCGCCCCGCAGCCCCGGCCUCCCCCACGCCACCCCGCGCCACCCCGGGGCGGCGCCCCGAAGCCAGUCCCUGCCCCGCAAGGAGAGCCCCUCCCCGUCGCACCACGCCCGGCCCGCGGGCCUCCCGCCCCGGGGCCCCCCGCCGGCCCGGGCCCCGCCCGACAGCACCCCCACCCCCGCGGGCCCCAAGAAAGGACCCCGAGGGAAACUCCAGACUCAGCGCGCAGCAACCAAAGGCCGGGCCGGGGCCGCGGAAGGCCGGGCGGGGACCAGAUAAUGACGCCCGGCGCCCUCUCCGCGGCGCCCCCAGCCCUCGCCGGGCCCCCCCCACUCGCAGCCGGCCAGCUCCCAGCACAGCCUUACGCCACCGCGGCCCCCGCCUCCCCCCGCACCCGCCGGGACGCGAGCACCUGUGCCAGGCCG